ACCGGUCUCAAGUGAGAAAAGAAAAACAAAUAAAAGUCUCCUUCAUCUCUUCCCUUUUUCUUUCUCAUAUAAUAAUACUAUUCAUUCAUUUUCAAUUUUCAAUUUUCAAUUUCAGAUCUUACUUAUUCUUCCUCUCCCAUUCUCGAUCUCUGUGGAGAUUGGUUUCCCCAAACACAAACACAAACACAAUGAUGAAACAAAGACACUCUCGCGUUGGGCCUCGGAAAUCGUCGUCAAUGUCAUGGACGCUGAUACUAACCAUGCUGGUGUCGUUUACCUUCCUCAUUCUCAUUCUGCUCGCUCUCGGAAUCCUCUCCAUUCCAAGCACCUCCUCUCGUCUCCCCAAACCCAACGAUCUCACAUCCAUCGCUCGCAACACUCUUCUUACUCAUAGUGAAGGUGAAGAAGAGAAGUGGGUUGAAUUAGUAUCAUGGGAGCCUAGAGCCUUUGUUUAUCAUAACUUUCUGACUAAGGAGGAAUGUGAAUAUCUAAUCAAUAUAGCCAAGCCAAGUAUGCAUAAGUCGACAGUUGUUGAUAGUGAAACUGGAAAGAGUAAAGACAGCAGAGUACGGACAAGCUCUGGAACUUUUCUGGCCAGAGGACGUGAUAAAAUUGUGAGGAAUAUUGAGAAAAGAAUUGCUGAUUUUACUUUCAUACCCGUAGAGCAUGGUGAAGGACUUCAAGUUCUCCAUUACGAAGUUGGACAAAAGUAUGAGCCUCACUAUGACUACUUUAUGGAUGAGUUUAACACUAAGAAUGGGGGUCAGCGUAUAGCAACAGUACUGAUGUACCUUACAGAUGUUGAAGAAGGGGGUGAGACAGUGUUCCCAGCUGCCAAGGGAAAUUUUAGCUCUGUGCCUUGGUGGAAUGAGCUUUCUGAUUGUGGGAAAAAAGGACUUUCAAUUAAGCCAAAGAGGGGUGAUGCUUUACUUUUCUGGAGCAUGAAGCCUGAUGCAACUUUAGAUCCAUCGAGUUUGCAUGGUGGUUGUCCAGUGAUUAAGGGUAAUAAGUGGUCAAGUACCAAAUGGAUUCGUGUCAAUGAAUACAAAGCUUAAAUAUGCAUGACUAUAGGCUUCUAUAAUUCGUCAUGCCAAUAUUGUACCAAAUGAUAAUUGGAGCUGAAACAUCGCAUGAUAAUGCUUUCAGGGCUGGAAGGAAAUGUUGUUUACAGCAAUUGUGGCUUUCUGUAAUUUUGGAUGUUCUACAAUACUUAAACUAAUUUUAUUUUUUCCUACCCUUUUCACCUAUACAAAUAUUGAUUUUUUUUUUAAUUUUUUUUUUUUUUAUAUUUGUGAAUUUGAAUUAGGGGGGCUAAAAAAAAUG